GCCGCCUCAGUCGAGUUUUGAAGCUCAGCGACAGAGGCAGCUAAAAUUGAAAUUCGCGCGCAUCUCUCGUAUCACUUUUCGGGCCAACGCUAUCAGUUUGAGUGAAAAUAAAAAUACUAUAUAAAUAAUUUAUAUAUAUAUAAAAAAAAUAUAUAUAUAUAUAAAUGAUCUUGAGAGCUUUGCGCCUUGGACUGGCGCUCCUUGUGCUGGCCCUACACGAAUCGUUCGCUUAUCAACCUGGCAGCUAUUCUGAUGGACAGACGGCGCAGUCCGGGUUAUCAGCAUCGGCGCAUUCCAACAAUGCCCACGCUCAAGAGCAGCCAAUCUAUGAACGGGAUACGGCCUGCCCGCCCCAGUUUAGAGGACUUAAGCCAUAUGCCCACGAUUGCCAUCGUUUCAUCAGCUGCACAAAUGGUCAAUCCACUAUACAAACCUGUUCACCGGGCACGGCUUUUAAUGCCCUAACUGGAACUUGUGACCACCUGUCCCAAGUAGCCUGUGAGGGUCAAGCUGGUCGCUCGGCCCGCAUGCAGCAGCUGAAUACACAGCCCAAGUGCGCAGCGGGCUUGAACGGCCUGCAGCCACAUCCUUAUGACUGCACCAAGUUUCUGAACUGCGCCAACGGACAGACCUUUAUCCAGAACUGUGGACCCGGCACAGCCUUCAGUCCAACCAUGUUGGUUUGCGACUACAAGCACAAGGUGGAUUGCGGUGAUGGUCGCUUCAAUGUUGAUGUAUCAGCUCAAGGUCAAACGGGUGGCACUUCUGGUGGACUCACUUGUCCAGAAGGCGCUCGCGGUCAAUUUCCCUACCCCAAUGACCCCUAUAAAUAUGUAAUUUGUGGAAUUGGUGUGCAGGCGCGUCUAGAGCAAUGCCCAUCGGGUAAAAUUUUCGAUGGCCACAGUUUGAUUUGUAUUCCCAUUGGAGCCCUCUCUGCCCAAACUGAUUUCUCCUCUACCGCCCGGCUGAGUGAUCUACUCUGUCCUGGAGGUGUCGAAGGCCUGUUCGCUCAUCCCUUCGAUCAAACCAAGUUCCUCAAUUGUAAGGCUGGCAAGGUGGCUGUCCAGAGCUGUAUUCCUGGCCACGUCUUUAGUAUAUCCAAAGGUUAUUGCCAGCUUAAGGCACAAACUGUGUAUAGCGACUAUGUGACUUACAUUGUCUCCGAGAUCAGCUACGAAUAUUCUCUGAUGCUGACCCGCUGUCCGGCGGGCACGGAUGGUCUUCAUCUCUACCCCUACGAUGCUGGGAAGUAUGUCCGCUGCGAAGCUGGAGGAGGGAUGUCUGUUUUGAGCUGUGGAGAGGAUAUGGCAUAUAGUUUUACUCAACGGGCGUGUCGACCGCGUAGACAAGUGACCCGAGCGGAACGCGUCAAGUUCUUUUCGGAGCUCAGCUUUCAAGGAGGCAGCUACAGUUACACAGAUAGUCAGGCCUUCCAGUCUGGACUAAAGUCGUGUCCCCCCAAUCUGCGUGGCAACUACGCCUAUCCAUUCCAUGCCAGUCAUUUUGUGCUGUGUCAGAAUGGUUUGCUGCAGGUGGAGUCCUGCCCAGCGGGAUCUGUUUAUAGUCUAUCCACGCGCAGGUGUGCGGCUCGCCAGCAGCUCACGUCACAUGACUUUUUGGACUAUGCCUAUAUAAAUAUUCAGCUCUCGACUGACCUUUUGCUAGACCUUACCACUGUCACCUGUCCCGCAAAUGCAGUUGGAUACUAUUUGCAUCCCUUUGAUUGUACCAAGUAUUUAAACUGUCGCGAUCAACAGACCUCCAUUGAGAGCUGUGAAAAGGGGGAGGUCUUCAGCAUCUCCCAACGAAGUUGCGUGGCCAGGGAUGAAUUGGUGGCCGCGUACGAUCGGGUGGAGUAUCUAACGGAGACGCAGCAUGAGUUCUCCCAAGAACACCCGGUGGCUGAGGGUCGAGAGCCGCAGUUCAAUUUACAGCCUGUUAACGGAGUUGUGGAAUGUCUAUCUGGUGCUGGUGGACUUCAACCGCAUCCUUAUGACUGCACCAAGUUUCUAAACUGCGCAAAUGGCCAGACCUUUGUUCAGGAUUGUGAGCCCGGUACAGCUUUCAAUAGAUUACGGAGCAUCUGCGAUCACGCCGCCCAAGUGAAUUGUGCUCAGUCUAUCAUCAAUCCGAAUACUUAUACUACCAGCGUUGCCUCCUAUCGUUUGGCUUGCCCUGUUCAUGUCUAUGGCCUUUACGCACAUCCCUUUAAUGCCAAAAGCUAUCUGUAUUGCGAUGAGGGACAUACAACGAUCAGGCAGUGCCUGCCCAAUGAAGUUUUCAGUCUCUCGCGUGGCUAUUGCCUGUCAGCGGAACUCGUGCUCGCUGCAGAUCGCGUUUCCCUGCUUAGCGGUGCGGAAGAGCUGAGCCUUGAACAUUUGGAGUCUAUAAGUUGUCCACGUGAUGCUGUGGGCAAUCACGCUUAUCCCUUCGACUGUACGCAGUAUUUGAGCUGUGAGGCGGGCAUCACGCGCCUUCAAAGCUGUCCCAAUGGUCAACACUUUAGCCUGUCGCAGCGCAGAUGUCAACCUCAGGAGCAAGUGCAGCGCAUCGAUCGCGUUUACCAGUUAAGUGAGCUGCAGAUCUUUUACGAGUGGUGGCAGCAGCUUCAACAUGUGGGAGCCAGCAUUAGGAUCAGGUGUCCAUUUGGUUUGACGGGCAACUAUCAGCAUCCGACGUUGCCACACAAAUUUAUCAAUUGUGCAGCCCAAAACUCGGAGGCGGUAUUCCUCGAUUGUUCCGCUGGUCAGGUUUUCAGCGUAUCCCGGCGUCUGUGUGUGCCGGGCACACAGGUGCCCACACACGAUCGCUGUGACUAUCAGUCAAAGCAAGCACUGAACUCCUAUGGUUGGAUAGAUCUGCGUCAUGACGCACGCGAGCCAAAGGCGUAUGUGCAACCGGUUUACGGUGGUGCCGAUCAGUACGGCAGUGGAUCGGGCAUUAAAACGACCGUUGUCAGUGGCGGAAGUCGCUGGAGCGACAUGAAUAUGGCACGUCCUUCGGGCAUUGGCUUUGGGCAGGACACACAGCAGACACUCGCUAACGGCUGGUCGGGCCAGGGAAGCUCCUACAAUCGACAAGCGCCCACACAGAGCGUGCUCUAUGUGGAGGGCUCACUGCAGCCGAAUCGUAAUUAUCAAGCCACUAACACAAAUUCAAUAUAUAAAACGCCACUGGCGCCCAUGGCGCCCACCACAAGCAAUGUUUACUAUGCUCAGCCCGUGGAGACUGUCCACUCGUCGCGUCAGAAUUUCAGUCGCUCCCAGACAAAUGACUGGCAUACGGCACGCACACCAUACAAUCCUCAGAGCAGCUACCCUCAGGCUAGUCUACCAGGACAGCAGCCCUUAGAUCUUGACUACCAGCCCGAUGGACAUGCUGAAGAGCCUAGGAAUCAGCUGCCAAGCGGAUCGCAUCAAGAGCCUCGCGAGCAUUCCCGCCCUCCUUAUUCCUCUGUGCCCACUAAUCAUAAUCCCACUCUACAUGGUCAAUCUUAUCAGCCAGCGGUUGAAUCGAAUUUGUAUGGUGGUCUUCAACCGCCUACACCUCCAGCUCAGCCAUCAGGCUUUACUCCGAUUCACCCACAACACAAUCCCCCUGCCCAUGCCCAACCAGGACAGCGACCACUUGACCUGGACGACUAUAAUCCCGAUGUGGAUACUCAAGCAACUGUAGAUCAGCCUUACCCUAUUGUUCCCUCUGUGCCUGCCAAUCACAGUCCCACCUAUCGGGGUCAGCCCCAUCCUGUGGCUAAUGAAUCGAAUUUGUAUGGUGGGUUGCAGCCACCCUCCCGCCCAUCUCUGGCCGAGACUACAACAACUCGCACCACCAGCUCGACGCCUUCGAACCUUCGCACAUUCCCGAUUUAUCCACGUGUGUUCGAUGCCACACCUGCUAAUCCAGCCAAUCACCCACACUAUAGUCCGCCCUAUGCGGCAGUUGCGCAUUCGCAGAACGCUUCCUGGCAAAAGGUGCCACCUCGUGCCCCCGAAUCUGAUCCUUUUUUAGACAGAGGAGAUUAUGAUGAAGCCGAUUAUGGUGACUCGGAGACGACCACCACAGAAAGAAACGGCUUGAGGCCACCACCAUUCAACCAUCAGUUUUACAAUCCAUCACAAGGUGCUGCUCCCGCCGCAGAGACACCCUCAAAGGUAGCUCUCGGUGAGGCGUUGCGUUUGAUGCUGCGGCCCUAUUUCAAUCACAGCGGCAAUGCGCAGGAAGCACUAGCCGAGCGGGCCGAAUCCGCCAUUGCGUCCGCUAUUAGCAAGCCACCGACUAGCACGACUCCCAUCCCGACCACGACCACAACCACGACGACGACCAAAGUACCCCAUCGGGGUAGACAGACGCCCGACGAUGAGGUUGAACUGAUUGUGGCGGGCGAACAGGAAAGCUUGGACAUUGCUGACGAUGACUCUGUUGUUCCAGAUGCGGUUGAAACGGCGCGCACUGAGCAAACCCUAAAUCCUACAACGUACGCAUCCGGCUAUGACACGACUGACUUCCAACGCGGCACACGUAGAGUGGACACCGACAGCAGUACGCAAUCGUAUCCACAUUCAAAUUCCAACAAACCGCAUACGUGGGGUCACAGUCGUGAGUUCCACAAGCGUCAUCCAAAUAUGCCCGAUCCGUUCGAUAAGCCAGAAGACCAGCAUCACACCCACCACUUCCACCACCUCCACCACCACCACCAUCAUCCACACGAGCACAGCCGUCUUUACCAUAGCAGCCAUCCAAAUCUACCCAAUCCUUUUUCCACCAAAAACGAGGAGCAUCCACAACCUAAGCCAAGGGAGCAGCCAGAGCCGCAGCCAGACCUUGAGAUAGAGCCGGACUUUCUGCCCAAUCCAAAUGCGGAAGCCACCACAUUACGUACUCAACAAAUAAGUUUUCGCAGUGGUUUUGAUGAGCCCUGCGAGUUUGAUUGCGGCGGCGGCAAGUGUGUGAAGAAAAUCGAAAUCUGCGAUGGCGUCAACAACUGUGGCAAUCGGAGGGAUGAGCAUCAGUGCGAUCAUCUGGGCUAUCAGGUGCGCCUGACGGGCGGCGAGAGUCCGCACAUGGGACGCAUUGAGGUCAAGGUCAAUGGCCAGUGGGGCUACGUUUGCGACGACAAGUUCGGGCUGCGCGAUGCGGAUGUUGUGUGCCGUGAGCUGGGCUUUAAGAUGGGCGCUGCUGAGGUGCGUGGCAACUCCUACUAUGAGCCACCCGAGCGGAACUUCAAUUAUGCCAUGGACGAGCUCGAGUGUCGGGGCAACGAGACAAAGCUAAAGGAUUGCGAUUUUAAGGGCUGGGGUGUGCACAACUGUGGUGUUGAUGAGGUGGUGGGCGUGGUCUGCAAGGUGCCCGUGCUGAAGUGUCCCAACAAUUUCUGGUUAUGUCAGACGUCAAAGGAGUGCAUACCGCCCGCUUUUGUCUGCGAUCACACCGAGGAUUGUGCGGACAAGUCGGACGAGAGCGAUGCCGUUUGCAAGGCGCCCAUUGAGUACCGUCUGGAGGGCGGACGCAGCCCGAUCGAGGGUCGCCUGGAGGUCAAGUAUCAUGGCGUUUGGGGCUCCGUCUGCGACGAUGACUUCAAUAUAAAAGCUGCGCAGGUGGCCUGCAAUAAUCUGGGCUAUUAUGGAACAGCUAAAAUUGAAAAGAACAUUUUCGGACCGGGCAGCGGACCCAUCUGGCUGGAUCAGGUUCUAUGUCAGGGCAACGAGACGAGCAUAGACAUGUGCCGGCACUGGAACUGGGGCGAACACAACUGCAAUCACACCGAGGAUGUGGGUCUGCGCUGCACCGCCGGACCGCCACCGCGGCAGUCACGGCAACGAACUCGUCUACAGGCAUUGGACAAGGACAGCUCGGUUGGCCAAGCCGCCCAAGUUAGUCUCUCCGACAUAGGCCUCUGGGAGAGAUCGAGCAAGGCAUUGCGCACACCGCGACGCUGUGGCAUCUUCAAAGACGACCUCACCGAUGAGUUUGCGCAUCCGGAACAGCGUGUGGUGCAGGGCAGCGUAGCACGUCGUGGCCGUCAUCCGUGGCAGGCCACAAUACGCACGCGUGGACGCGGCGGCAUCUCCAGCCACUGGUGCGGCGCUGUGGUCAUCUCCAAGCGGCAUUUGCUCACCGCCGCCCACUGCCUCUACGGACAUCCAAAGGGCGCGUAUUUUGUACGCGUCGGCGAUCACUAUGCCAACAUAGCGGAGCACUCGGAGGUGGAUGCGUUCAUUGAGAACUGGUACACGCACGAGCAGUUCCGCCAGCCCACGCACAUGAACAAUGACAUUGCCGUCGUGGUGCUCAAGACACCGCUUAAGUUCAGCGACUACGUGCAGCCGAUUUGUUUGCCGGAGCGUGGUGCGCCGCUGGUUGAGAAUCGCACUUGCACCAUCUCCGGCUGGGGCUCCAUCAAAUCAGGCAUGUCCACUCCCUCCCAGGAACUGAGAGCUGCCCAACUACCCAUUUUGCCGGAUGCGACUUGCAAGCAAAUGAAUGUCUACGGUGAUGCCAUCACUGAAGGCAUGUUCUGCGCUGGCUCCAUGGACGAAAGCGUCGAUGCCUGCGAGGGCGACUCUGGUGGGCCGCUUGUCUGCUCGGAUGAGGAUGGCGAAACACUCUAUGGCAUCAUAUCCUGGGGACAGCACUGCGGCUACCAGAACCGACCUGGCGUCUAUGUGCGCGUCUGUCACUAUAUCGAUUGGAUCUACGAGAAGAUCAACCAGAGCUUGCUGCGCUUCUAAAUAAACCACAAGCUAUAUAUAUUAAUAUAUAUAUAUUUAGGCCCCAACAAGCGCUCGCCCCAAUGCUGUCACAAGCUACUUAUAUUUAUGGCAGCACCUACAUGUAGGCUAUAAACAUUGUACGAUUCUUUUUAUUUAUAUCCAAGGGGUGGGGCAGGGGCAGGCACGUAGAUUAAGCACAUAAUCAAUGCUAAUAAAACGCACAACAAUAACAACGAAAA